GUCUGUCUGUAUUUUAGAUAUUUCAUGUAUGAAUGUUCUCUCACUUACGGCGUUUGACGCGUAAAUUUUAGGUUUUGUGUCAGUGUUCACGAUGACUUCUAUAUAUUCUGCACGAAUGAAAUGUGGCUAUUGCGGGUGGGUAAUGUCGGACGACAUGGACGAACUAAUAAAACAUAAAUGUUUUGCAACAUUCGAUGAGGAAGUGGAUGUCAUAGUUGUCGACAAGGACAAAGUUGUUACAAUGAAUACUCCAGAGACAGUGGAGAAGCAGCAGCAGAGGCAAAACAGCAGCAGCAGUGCUUCAAAAAUCGAUAGUACUGCAAAGAAUGGCUUGACAGCCUUAAUAUCAGCAGAUGCAAUUGACGAAUUGCUUAUCGAGACUGUCGAGCAGAAAAGGCCUUUGUGGGAUCAUUCGCAAGGCUACAAAAAUCGGACAAAGUUGAAAACCGACGCCUUAUGGACAGAAGUUUCCAACAUAAUGGGUGGUGUCAAGAGUCCCGUAGAAUGCAAAAAAAGAUGGGGAUAUUUAAGAGACAAUUAUACAAAAGCUAGAAAAUUGAUGAAGAGCUAUGUUCGGAGCGGAUCAAGUGCAGUAGAUGGCCGGCCUGUUAAAAGCAGUUUCCGCUUCUAUGACAGAAUGCAGUUUUUAGAAUCGGUCAUCCAGAGUGGACCAACAGUCAGCUCCCUACCGAUGACAUUGCGCGAAAAUUCAGACCCAUCAAAUGUUUCUGUAGAUGACAACAUAGAAACAUUCACAAGACCCCAAUCAGAAGAAAAAAGCAAUGAUAGCAACAGCCGGCCGGGUAGUUCUGCGGAUAGUUCUGUCAGCUGCAAUUCGCGAGUUUCGAAACGACUACGCAGCGAAGAAAUUACACAAAUUGAAGCUGAGUUGAUGUCAUACCUCAAGGAAUCCCAGCCAAUUCAUGAUCCAGUGCACUAGCUUUUGCGAUAUGCUAGGGGAUAUUCUACGGCGUUUGCCAUAUAACAAACGGCGAGAUUUUACAAAUGGAAUUUCUCACCCGGGCAAUCGAAGUAGAAAAGAGUUCAGAUUUAGAUAUAUAAGAUAU